UCAUUGGCUACUGCAAUAUUCCCUAACCAACUUCUGCGCGCUGCAAGUGUUGUCGCGUCCUGUGUGCAUUUGGCCUAUGCUUUAUUCCAAUUGUGUUCCCGCACAUUGCGCAUGUGGAAUGUGCUGAACCAUUUACUAUACGAUAUAUUGUUGUUAGUUGGUUGUCUGUAUCGCUGAUAAAUUUAGUUUUUCCGCGUCAACUGCGGCGAAAUUUAAGUUUUGUUUUUAGGUUAUCCGAAACUAAUACAUGGUGUCGAGUUAAUAAUAUAACAUCAUCCCUUAUAUUUUGUGCGCAAGGAACUACUUUAGUAAGAUAUGAUGAUAACCUGUUCAGCUAAGGGCUGUCCUUCUAGCCAAACUACAAAGAUUGAUGGCAGGCCGAUUUCAUUUUAUGCUUUCCCAGAAGAUGAUUUUAGAAAAGAUCAAUGGCUUCAUAAUUGCAAUCUGGCAUCUGGUGUCAUUGAUAAGGAACCCAUGUAUCUUUGUGAGCUGCAUUUUGAAAGAGUCAAUUUUACUACAUCCAGGGAUUUGAAGUCGACUGCUGUCCCUACUUUGUUUGGUAGAAUAGAAGAACCUCCUAGAAAACAUAAAGCUGAAAAUACACUACAAACAAUGCUGGUAAAAGUACCACCCUCAAAGCAGAAAAAAUUAGAUGAGCAGUCACAUACUAUAGCAGUGUCAUCUGAAAAUUUAUUCACACAACAUAUGGAUAAUAUUGAAGAUUCAGCUACUGGAAAUAAGAUGGAUGUAUUGAUUAAUAAUGUGACAGCUAUGAAUGGUUCCACUAUAUCAACUGCUACAGAUGGAAAUUGUGAGAAAAAUAAGGAAAUAUAUCGUUUGACAAUACAAAUUGAUAAGAUACGAGGUAGACCGGGUCCACGAUGUAAAAAACUAGUGCCUUUAUUGAUGUUUAAUAAUAACAUGAAAGAUUUAACAAUAAGCGAAUAUGGAAUCCGAGAGAAAAUACAGUCAUUGCAGAAUGUUGUGAAGAAAACCUGUGUGAGAGGUAGCUGCAAAAUAAGAAAAUGUAUAUACAAUUCGAAACCAGCGUUUCAAUGUGAGCUGUGCAACAGAUAUUAUGUCACAAGGAAAGAUGUCUAUGAUAACAAGGAGGACUCUGUAUACCACACAACUUCUUCCAGCUCGCAGUUAUUAAAUGUUCACGCCAAGAAGUAUCUUAUUUGUGACAUAUGUCACACAGAAAGUAACACUCAGUUGAUAUAUGAUAAGCAUGUGAGGUAUCAUGUUAGUACUGAUCCCUCAUAUCCAUAUAAAUGCCACCUAUGUACAAAGGUAUUUGAACUGAAAGAGGAUGUUAAACAUCAUUGUUUAAAUGAGCAUCCUAAGUUAAGGACCUUGAACACCUUACAUCAACUCAUUUCACCUGUGAAAAUAUCUGCUCAUCAAAGCGAUUACCAGUGUACGAGUUGUAAUGUCACUUUUAGUAAUGAGCAAACUUAUAGGAAUCAUGUAAACUCUCAUAAAAAGAAAGAGAGCUUGAGAGCUAAUAUUAAUGAGACCAACAACAUAUUUCCGAUGCCAAAUCCUUUAACAGGUAGUCAAAUAGGCAUUCUACAGCCAGUAAAGUUUAGCUGCAAUGUAUGCUCCAAAGAAUUUGAUAAUGUUGGUGAAGUUGAUAUACAUACGAGAACUCACUUGGAGGACGUUAAAGAGGGCCUUAAAUGCAAUAUUUGCAAAAAAUAUUGUAAGAACAACACAAUAUACACCGAGCAUUUGAAACAACAUCUUUCACGUGCAUAUCCCUGUUCAAUUUGUUCGAAGGCCUUUAUUAAUAGAACUACACUGAAAAUACAUCAAAAGACGCAUGGUGAAGUGUAAGUUGCAAUACUGUGUUUAUAUUUUGACACUGUCACACUUAACGUGCAAAUAUUUUUCAAAGCACUCAUACAAAACUAAUUACGCAGUUAAGUUUUAUUCAUACAUAUAUAGCUGGCACAGUCAAUAUUUUAAUCAAACAUUUCCUGCAUAAAUAUACUGAUUACAUACAUGAUGUAUAUUUAAAAAAUGACAUACUAUCUACACGUACUAUCUACUUCGUAUAUGAUUGCAUCGAAACGGCAAAAAAUCGUAGAAUAUUUUCUAAGUAAAGUUGUGUUUGAUUGUGUAUGCUUUAUAUAAUUUAUCCUUUUGGCAUCUUCCUUAUGCAGUUGUAACGAUAGAAAUUCGUUUUUUUUUUAAGAGAUGCAUCAACGCAAAUGAAUUUUUGUAAAUAUCCAAUCUAUGCAUCAUACGAUUGUUACAUUUCCUUACAGUUUCUUAUAAUCGACAUAUGUUAUUAUAAACAUCUUAUAAUAUCGUGUUUUGUAAAUCAUUAUGUAUGCAUUGUUUUAUAAGAUUUAUAAGUGAAGGAAACUUUUUUAAACGUCAUUAACUAUCAAUAUACUUAUGUACCACAAUAGUUCUCAUCCAAUUAUAUGUUAUAAGAAUCGUCAAUAAGUGAAACAUAUACGAAUAAAUGU